GAAAGAAAGACCCAUCAUCAUCAUGCCGUGCAUAUUUCCACACGUGAGAGUCUUCAUGCUGUCUACGCUUCAAACUCGUGCAUGUUACAGAAAAUAUGCAACAGCGACCCCUGGGGUCAGACUUUACGGCGGGUAGCGGCGUAACCCCGGAACCAAACUGUUGCGCUUUAUUGAGAUUGGCGCCUUUGGGAUGGUUUAGGAUAGUACUUUGACACUGGUUAGCGAAGGGGAAAACGGCGUUAUUGUGCAUAUCGUUUUAGCCCUACGUUUAAAAAAUGAUUGGUCAACAGCAUAUCAACUCUUUCUUCUCACCAGUUUCAAAAAAGAGAGUUUCAAAGGAAUUAGGUAAAACCGAAAAGCAUGCCGAAGAAGUUCAGAUAACGCCGAAGAAACUGAGGUCCUCAAAUGUGGAACAAAAGUCGUCAUCGCCACCACAGCUUUCAUUGGAGCAGCUGGAAAGAAUGGCCAAAAAUAAGAAAGCAGCGCUUGACAAGAUUAGAGCAAAAGCAACGCCUGCAGGUUUCGGAGAGACUUGGAGAAGAGAGCUGGCUGCAGAGUUUGAAAAGCCAUACUUCAAACAAUUGAUGUCCUUUGUAGCUGAUGAGAGGAGCCGUCACACCGUCUACCCACCGGCUGAUCAAGUGUUCAGUUGGACAGAGAUGUGUGACAUUCAAGAUGUGAAAGUAGUGAUUCUAGGCCAGGACCCUUACCACGGUCCCAACCAAGCACAUGGACUCUGUUUCAGUGUGCAAAAGCCAGUUCCCCCUCCCCCCAGUCUCGUGAACAUAUACAAAGAAUUGUGUACCGACAUUGAUGGCUUCAAGCAUCCUGGACAUGGAGAUCUAAGCGGAUGGGCAAAACAAGGGGUGCUGCUGCUUAACGCGGUGCUGACAGUGCGGGCCCAUCAGGCCAACUCCCACAAGGACAGAGGCUGGGAGACCUUCACCGACGCUGUGAUCAAGUGGCUGAGCGUCAACCGGGAAGGAGUGGUCUUCCUGUUGUGGGGCUCAUACGCCCAUAAGAAGGGAGCGACCAUCGACAGGAAACGUCACCAUGUCUUGCAAGCUGUUCAUCCAUCUCCUUUGUCUGCUCAUCGUGGGUUCCUUGGUUGUAAGCACUUCUCCAAGGCUAACGGGCUGCUGAAACUAUCUGGGACGGAGCCUAUAAACUGGAGAGCACUCUAACUCUUUAUGCUGCCUUAUACUGUUAUCUGUUUUAAGAUGAAAAUCACACUAUAUUUUCUACAGCUUUUCAAGUUCAAACCAAUCUAUAAGCUUUCAUUUGUCUUUUGGAAUGAUGCUGUUUUUGGUCGGUUUUAGAUACUUAAAACACUUUACCACUCUGCCAUGUUGACUCAUGUUCAGUCAAUAUAACUUUCACAACUUGAACAAAAAUGUUAUUUUAUAAUUGAUUAUAUUCUGUACAUUAAAGAUUGUUUUUUUCCCGGGCUGUUUCAUAGGUACUAGGAUAUUAAACUGUUAUUAACCUAUUUUCCAUGAUGUCAACUGCUUAAGUUUUUAUGCAGAAAUAAAUUAUAUAUUUGAAGACCUUUUUUAAGUUAUUAGAAUCUAUUCAAGCCGAUCAAAUCAAGCAGUGCAGUUAAGGGUGGUUAGUACUCUUUCAAUUAUCAUAGAAAUAAACUGCAUUGGUAGGACCGAGCAACACGGUUUCAAGUUGAAAUGUAAUGAGGAAAUUGGAUUGAAAUGGAAUCAAAGCCUCUGCUAU